CAUUCCACACUUGAACCCUACUAAAUUGAUAUAAUGGAUACAAAUGGAAUAGAAACUAGUGGUGCAUCGAACAAUGAACGGUUACUCGCUGCUGCGCGCGAGGACAGCGAAGAAUUACUACUUGAAGUCUUCAAAGAGGGGAACUACGAUAUAAACUUCAAGGACAGUCUUGGAAAUACAGCAUUACACUACGCUGUGUCGCACGGCUCAACGGACGUCCUUGAACACCUGCUAGAGCAUGACGACUGCGACGUAGACCCGAUCAACCGCUUAGAAGGUGCUACUCCCCUCCACCUUGCGGUGAAACUAGAGGACAAAGAACUCCGUGACUACGUCUUCCAAACUCUCAUUGAUGCUGGAGCAGAUACGACUAUUAAAGACAAAGAGGGCGAUACUAUGUUAGACUUACUUUCGCCAACCGAGGAUCAAGAGCUGAUUAGGAUGGUACGGAAAGCAAGAGCUGAUCAGAAUAUAUCAAGAGCGGAUAUCGCUGAAGAUGAUGAUGAUGACGAAGGAUCGGAAGGUUCAGGUUCUGAGAUGUCUGACUAGUUCAGUUUCUUGCGUGCUGUGUUUUUAGGUGUAUGAACCUGGUACUUUAGAUUGUGGGCAAAUGUUAACUUA